AUGUUUGCAAAAUUAUUAUCUUUGAAUUAAAGUACAUCAUCAUCAAUAGAAAUAUAGAAACCUAAAUUUACUAUUGGAAGAGAUUAGAAGAAUGAUAAAGUGUUUUCAGAUAUAAAGGUAAGUUCUAAUCAUUUGGCAAUAGAAUAUAAGGAUUCCUAAUUUACUCUGACAGAUUAUUCAAGUAAUGGAACAUAUAUUAAUGAAAAAAAAAUUGGAAAAGGAAACACAGUGUCGAUUAUUAAUGGAGAUCUGAUUUAUUUAUUACCAAAUUAAAAAGUAAAAGACCAUGAAGUAAUUGGUUUUGAAUUUGUUGUGUGUAUUAAUAAUGAAUAAUAAACUUCUAAAUCAAUAGUAGAGUCAAUAGACCAAUAAAAUUCUGAUGGAAAAAAAGAAGUAAAAAAUGAAAAAUUAUUGGACACAAAAUCAGUUGAAAAAGAAAUUGAAUCUUAAGUAAUUAAUGAACCACCUAAGAAAAAAGAAUAAUAAUCAUUUCCUAUUACUAAAAUAGAUGGAUUAGAAGAUGAAUUGUAAUGUACAAUAUGCAAUGAUUAUUUAUAUGAAGCUGUUGCAGCAAAUCCUUGUAAUCAUCAUUUUUGUGGAGCUUGUUUAUCUAAUUGGUUUAAAAAAUAAACAUUUGAAUGUCCAAUUUGUAGAUAAAAACUAACUGGAGUAAUGAUGGCAAGAACCAUUAAUAAUUUAGUUGAAAAAUGGUUAAAGAUUAAUCCUCAUGAAAAAAGAACUCAAUAACUCUUAAAUAAAAUGAAGGAAGAAAAUCUCAUUUAUAAAAAUCCAUAGGAAUAUAUUAAUUUGAAUGUUAAAUUCACAAAGAAUAAAUUAGAAAAAUAAAAUUUUGCUAAUCAUAAUUCUCAAGAAGAUUAAGAAGAAAAUAGUAAUUAAGAUGAAUACAGUGAUAAAGAAAGUUCUAAUGAUGAUGAAUAUCUAAGCAAUGAUGAUAAUUUUGAUGAUAAUCAACAAAAUUAAUAAGUUAUUAUUUAAUAAUAAUAAAUUCCUUAAUAAUUUUAAGCUUUGAAUAAUGGUUUGUUUGGUUUUAAUAAUUUCAAUCAUCAUUAUGCUUAAAAUAAUUUUUAUUAACCUUUUGGUUAAAAUUAAUUUUAAUAAUAAAUACAAUAAUAAUUUAUUUAACUAGGAAAAUACUGUAAAAGUUGUAAUGGACAUACAUGGAAGAAUUUUCAAUGUCCAUAAAACUAACCUCAUGUGGGUUGUGGAUCUUGUACAAGAUUAAUGCCAAAAUUAGAACCUAGUAAUAUUUAUUAAUAAUUAAUCUAGGUGAGGAUGACAAUUAAAUCUUACAAAUUUAAUGUUGUAUAUGUAAAGCAUACCAUUGUACUUUUUAUUAUGGUGAUUGCAUCAAUACUGCACUUUAAAAGUUUAUGCUUGUUAAAAAUAUAUAGCAUUAAAUGGUAGUUCCAUAUAAUUAUAUUAACAAUAUUGAAUAUGGUAGAUUGAUAUAACAUCUCUAAAGAAGACCUUAAACAAUAAUCUUUAAUUUUAUGAUGGAUAACUACAUCAGUAAAGGUUAUUUUUAUUUCCAAUAAAACAAAUAUACAUUCCCUAAUCCAAUUUAAGAAAUCAAUGUUAAAAUAACUCCAAAUUCUGUAAUUAUAUUAUUUCAUUAUUUUAUAGCCUGUAUGUUGGCUUUGUCAUAGAAAACUAAUAAAUUUUAUUAUAUUUAGAUAUGUCUAAUGUAUGAAAUAUGAUGAACCUCUUUUUAUGAAAGAGGAUUGUGAAUAUGGAAUUAAUUGUAGAUUAUAAUAGUAAAACAUACAUCAUGCCUAAUAAUAUAAUCAUUGUUGUGAAUAAACAAUAUUUGACUGA